UUUCAGGCACUGUGCACAUGAAGUGGCCUCCCGGAAAUGGUAAAAUGAGGUUCGUCCUGAAGACCUCCACAGGGCUGAGCGUUGGCGUCACCUUCACCGGCAAGUGUGCUCGACACAUCAAAGUGCUUGCAUGCAACUUCAGAGAGGAGUUGAAGCUUAGUACAAAAGGAGCUGUUGUGACUGAAACGGAGGAAAAUGUCGCUCUAUCUCUCCUUUACGAACAAGGCGCGUCGUUGAUGUUCACCAAGACGCGAAACAAUAUACGCGAUGGCGAGGUCGUCGAUACAUGGAGACUCGAUGAGGACGCUGAACAAUCGUCGCCUGGGCUGGUCAACACCGACGACUGGUAUGGGACUCCAUCACGGCCACAAAGACCGGUAUCCAAAACUGUACACACGAUCGAUACCACGGACGUCGAUGUUCCCGCUUCAGGAGGGGCAACGAACCGCGACUCCGUCGCGCCGUCUCACGACAUUAUGCCUUUGAGGUUGGCUGCUUCCACCAGUGGAUUCUCGCCUUCGGUACAGCUUGCAGCUACCAGGAGAUCCACUUCCAUUCUUACACAAGUACGACCAGACACCGAGGCGAAUCCUGACGGCCCGAUCCGCGAUCCGGACGGCAAACCGAACAAACCGACUUCUCCCAGUCCUGCUGUUGUCGUUUCCGAGGUGCCCGCAGACGACGCUUUCAAUAACGAAAGCCACCAGGCCCGUGCAACCCAGGCUUCUCUUAUCAGAAAUACCCCUCUGCUUGAAGAAGUAGCCCCCAAGGUGAUUGAGCAAGGUCCUCCUCAGGUUCCGUCGCGACCUGCGGAGAACCAAUCACGGCAAGAUAACAACGGUCCCCGCAGCAAGAAGAGCGAGAAGGCCCGAUUGCGCAAACAGAGGAAGCUGCUAUUGCGUGCGUCUGCAGGCGAA